AUGAGGCAGAUAUUGGUAUUUUUCUUCUCUGUCUUCUCGCUUUUCAGUGCCUUUUUCUUUGUCGUCACCACUGUCUUGUGUACCCAUGCUUUCUCUUAUAACCAUGAAGCGUAUCUGCUUUAUUCAUGGCUUCACAGCUCACCCUCCCCAGCCCCUUCACAUUUCUCUGACUGGAACAUUCGUGACAGAAACCCAUGCAAUUGGACCUCCAUAACUUGUUCUCCUCAAGGUUUUGUCGCAAAAAUUGAUGUUGUUUCUGUCCCUCUUAACUUGCCUCUACCUUCCAAUCUCUCGUCCUUUCGUUUCCUUAGAGAACUUGUCAUGUCAGAUGCAAAUCUCAUUGGAAAUAUCACUUUCGAUAUUGGUGCUUGUUCUGGCCUUACUGUUAUUGAUCUUAGCCAUAACAACCUCACUGGCUCCAUUCCUGCGAGUGUUGGGAAUUUACCAAAUCUGGAGACUUUGGCCUUAAACUCCAACUUUCUCAGCGGAGAAAUCCCAAGUGAGCUAAGUAAUUGCACUGGCCUAAAAUAUCUCGUCCUUUCAAAUAAUCAGCUCGGUGGGACUAUCCCGCCUUUGUUGGGAAAAUUAUCAAAACUUCAGGUUUUUAGAGCAGGAAGGAAUAAACUCAUUGCCGGGAGUAUACCACAUGAGCUGGAAAAUUGCACUAGUUUGAUUUAUUUGGGGUUGACUGGAACCAGCAUAUCGGGCUCUUUGCCAGCUUCAUUGGGUAGGCUUAAAAAGCUUCAAAGGUUGUCUGUUUGUGAUACUAUGCUUUCUGGUAAGAUUCCAUCGGAAAUAGGUAAUUGCUCGGAGCUUGUUGAAUUGAGCCUAUGCAAAAAUAAUCUAUCAGGCUCUAUUCCAUCUAAUCUAGGGAAGCUUCCAAAGCUGCAGAUUUUGAGUUUAUGGGAUAAUUUUAUUAUUGGGGUUAUUCCUAAAGAGUUUGGUAAUUGUACAAGCUUGAGAACACUUGAGCUUUCUAUGAAUUCUCUAUCUGGAACCAUCCCUCUAUCUGUAGGUAAUCUCAUGAAGCUCGAGAAGUUUUUGGUUGCUCAAAACAAUAUCUCUGGUUUUAUACCUUCAACUCUUUCAAAUGCCACAAAUCUGCAGCGUUUGGAGCUUUACAAGAAUCAAAUCUCAGGCUUGAUUCCACUAGAGCUUGGGAGGUUGCAAAAGCUCACUCAGUUCUAUGCUUGGCACAACCAGCUAGAAGGAACCAUCCCUUCUACUCUAGCCAAUCUCAGUAACCUCCAAAAGCUAGAUUUAUCUUGGAAUUCAUUUACUGGAAGCAUUCCAAAAGGCCUCUUUCUACUUCAAAACCUCACAGAGUUGGAGUUAGUUUUCACUAAUAUCUCAGGAGCGAUUCCACUUGAGAUAGGAAGUUGCAGCUCUCUUGAAAGGCUGAAUCUUAGAAACAAUCGAAUUUAUGGUGAGAUUCCAAAGACAAUUGGUGGUUUGAAGAACUUAAACUUUUGUGAUAUCUCUGACAACCACCUGAACGGGUCAUUGCCAGAUGAUAUUGGUGGCUGCUUAAAAUUGGAAAUGAUAAACCUGAGCAACAAUGACUUGGAAGGUCCACUGCCUGAGUCAUUGUCAACACUACCUAAUCUUUUAGUGUUGAAUGCGUCUAAUAAUAAAUUUGAAGGUCAAAUACCAGCCAGCUUGGGUCAUCUUUCUUCCUUGAUUGAUCUGCUACUUAGCAGAAACAAAUUCUCUGGAACCAUUCCUCAAUCACUUGGUUUAUGUUCAAAACUCCAAAUGCUUGAUCUUAGUAGCAAUGAACUCACUGGAAGCAUACCAAAAGAGUUAGGUGAUAUCAAAACUCUUGCAGUUGUUCUUAACCUUAGUCACAACUCUCUUAAAGGACCAAUUCCUGCUGAAAUCUCCAAGCUAAACAUGCUCUCAGCGAUGGACAUCUCACAUAAUAUGUUGAAAGGAGAUUUGCGGCCUCUUUCUCACCUUGCAAGUCUUGUUUCUCUUAAUAUUUCUUACAACAACUUCACUGGCCAUCUUCCUGACACUAGGAUUUUUAGACUCUUAUCACCAGAAGAAAUUAUGGGAAACACUGGUCUUUGUUCUCGGAUUCAGGAUUCAUGCUUCUUUAAUGAUUCGCACAGGAAACAUUCGACUAAAAACAUGAACUCAAGAAUUCUUCAACUGGUCAUCGGGUUGCUGGUAGCCUUGAUAGUGACUUUUAUUGUUAUAGUGAUCAUUUCACUUCCCAGGGCAAGAACUAUAAGAGACAAUGAUUCAGAGAUGGGAAGCACAUGGACAUGGCAAUUCAUUCCAUUUCAGAAGUUGAAUUUCUCAGCAGAGCAAGUACUUAUAGGCUUAAAAGACAAAAAUAUAAUAGGAAAAGGAUGCUCAGGAGUUGUGCAUCGUGUCGAUAUUGGUAAUGAUGAAGCCAUAGCCGUGAAGAAAUUGUGGCCAACUCCAGUGCUUUCAAGUGAGGGACCCAAUGAUGACAAGAGAGGAGCAUGGGACUCUUUCUCGAGAGAGCUGAAAAUCCUCGGUUUAAUCCGGCAUAGGAACAUUGUGAAACUCCUAGGAUACUGUUGGAAUCACACCACAAGAUUGCUCAUGUAUGAGUAUAUGCCAAAUGGGAGCUUAGACAGUCUACUUCAUGAAAGGGAGGAUGAAAACUCUCGUUUGGAAUGGGAAGUUAGGUACCGAAUCUUGCUAGGUGUUUCACAAGGCCUUGCGUAUCUUCACCAUGAUAGUGACCCUCCAAUUGUUCAUAGAGACAUCAAACCCAGUAAUAUCCUCAUUGGACCUGAAUUUGAUGCUUGCAUUGCGGACUUUGGCUUAGCUAAGUUUGUUGACCACUGUGGUUUCGGAAACUCCUCCAGUAUGGUCGCUGGUUCUUGGGGAUAUAUUGCGCCUGAGUACGGCUACAUGAUGAAGAUCACAGAGAAGAGUGAUGUUUAUAGUUUCGGUGUAGUGAUGCUGGAAGUCCUGACAGGUAAGAAACCGAUUGAUCCAAGCAUACCGGAUGGGUUACACAUUGCUGACUGGGUGAGACAAAAGAAUGGACAAGUAGAAGUCCUUGACGCUGCCUUACAAUCUGCACCAGAAUCAGACAUAGAAGAGAUGAAGGAAGCAUUAGGCAUUGCCCUAUUGUGCUUAGCUUCUGCCCCAAAUCAAAGACCUACAAUGAGGGAUGUGGCAACCAUGAUCCAGGAAAUUAAACAAGUGAGUGAGGAAUUAGCAGAUUUUGACACCCUUUUAAAGGACUCUCCUACACCUCUUACUGGGGCUGGCGCAGAAACUUCAGAACCUGCAAGACCAAGCUCGUACCUUAAAAGCGACAAAGCAAGCUCCAUUGCAUCCUCACCAAGGCGUUCAUCUUUUGCCAUUGUCGAAUUGGGCUAA